AUGUCACGAGAGGAAGCAGCACUGCGGAAAGCCGGAGCUGUGAGAGAGUGCGGCUCAUUAGCGGCGCUGCCGAGCAGCUUGUCUGCUCCUGCCCCUAAAAAGGGCUCUAAAAAAGCUGUGACCAAGGCCCAGAAGAAGGACGGCAAGAAGCGCAAGUGCAGCCGCAAGAAGAGCUACUCUGUGUAUGUGUACAAGGUGCUGAAGCAAGUCCAUCCGGACACCGGCAUCUCAUCCAAGGCCAUGGGCAUCAUGAACUCCUUCGUCAAUGACAUUUUCGAGAGCAUCGCUGGUGAGGCAUCGCACCUGGCACAUUACAACAAGCACUCAACUAUCACAUCCAGUGAGAUCCAGACCGCCGUGCGCGUGCUGCUACCUGGGGAGCUGGCCAAGCAUGCCGUGUCUGAGGGCACUAAGGCUGUCACCAAGUAUACCAGCUCCAAGUAAAUAUAAUAUGCCUAGCCGCUGUUAACGGAGAAGGCAAUGGCACCCCA